AUGUUUUCUCCAGCUCUUCAGGUAAAGGCACCACAGCUGGUGCUGGAGAAACAAACAGUCGGUCUGAUCUGUGAAACCACAUGCAGUCUGACAGAUGCAUUCAUCUGGUACAAAAAUGGAGAGGCUUUAAAGAUCCACAGCAAAACACUCCAGCUUCAGUCAGAGCGCAGUGAUUCUGGCCGUUACAGCUGCGCCGUCAGAGGACAUGAACACCUGCCCUCUCCUGCUGUCAGCAUCACGCUCAUAUCUCUUCAGGUAAAGGCACCACAGCUGGUGCUGGAGAAACAAACAGUCGGUCUGACCUGUGAAACCACAUGCAAUCUGACAGACGCAUUCAUCUGGUACAAAAAUGGAGAGGCUUUAAAGAUCCACAGCAAAACACUCCAGCUUCAGUCAGAGCGCAGUGAUUCUGGCCGUUACAGCUGCGCCGUCAGAGGACAUGAACACCUGCCCUCUCCUGCUGUCAGCAUCACUGUCGUGUAUCCCCCACAAAGUACCUCAGUGUCCAUCAGUCCAUCUGGUGAAAUAGUGGAGAGAGAUUCAGUGACUCUGAGCUGCAGCAGUGAUUCAAACCCUCCUGCAGAAAUCAGCUGGUUUAAAGAAGAUACAUUUCUGAAAUAUGGUGACACCUACAGCAUCACUGACAUUAAGUCUGAGGAUAGUGGAAACUAUUAUUGCUCUGCAAGAAAUAAACACGGAUCUCAGGCCUCUGCUGCUGUGACUGUGAAUGUCAUGUAUCCUCCACAGAACGUCUCAGUGUCCAGAAAUGGAUCUGGUGAAAUAGUGGAGGGAGAUUCAGUGGCUCUGAGCUGCAGCAGUGAUUCAAACCCUCCUGCAGAAAUCAGCUGGUUUAAAGAAGAUACAUUACUGGGAUCUGGUGACACCUACAGCAUCACUGACAUUAAGUCUGAGGAUAGUGGAAACUAUUAUUGCUCUGCAAGAAAUAAACACGGAUCUCAGGCCUCUGCUGCUGUGACUACGUCUGCAGGAAAGGCCUCUGAAUCCGGAGAUGCCGAAAAUGCUUCUGUCCAAGAUGGCAGAGAUACAGACACAAAGAAACCUGAAGAGGAGGAGAUUGAGUACGCCAGCAUUACAAUUCACCAUCCUGCUUCUGAAGCCAAGUGA